AUGGGCAGGCGCAAGUUUAUAGACAAGAAGCAGGCGACGACCUUCCAGCUUGUUCACCGAUCGCAGCGAGACGCAGAGUAUCACAAUGACGAGGCGAGCGCCAGGGUCCUGGUUCCACUUGGCAAAGGCGACAGCAGCGAUACAGGCGCGAGAGCCACAGUGCAAACCAAGUCUACGUUGGAAAAGGAGUUUGGCGACCAGGUUAGGGCGAAUGAGGGUGAAGCGGCAGAAUAUGGCGUCUACUUCGACGACACAGAAUAUGACUACAUGCAACAUCUGCGGCCGACGGGCAGUGUCGAUGCCGUUUUGCUAGAGAACCCAGAAACAAAGGCUCGCGGGAAGAAGAAGGAGGCAUUCAAUCUACCAGAUGAAGCGGUGCCUUCGGGAAGCGAAAGGCCACGCAAUUAUCAGGAUCAGCAGGCUGUGCAAGACUCAAUAUCUGGCUUCAAGCCUGAUCUAGACCCUAGUAUUCGGGAAGUGCUUGAAGCACUGGAAGAAGAGGAACAAGAAGAGUCUGUUGAUGAAGAUGCGCCGGCAGAUGACUCAGAGGCUUGGUUCAACGAACUGACAGCUGGCGGGGAAGUAGCUGACGCUGGAGAUUGGGAUGAGGAGUUUGACGAAGGCUGGGAGAGCGACGAUACUGCCAAAGCGACGCGUCCUGCUGCCAGAGCGAAUAAGUCCGAGUGGGAACAAGAGUUCUCACAGUUCAAAAGAGCUGGUCAAAAUGCUAUCGAUGAAGAAGGCAGUGUUGUCAGUCAAGCAUUCACAGCUGCAUCUCAAGGGCGGAUCAAGCACGGCAACGGCAGCAUCGGUACUGGAUUCUCCAUGUCGUCCUCAGCAUUGUGGCGGACUGAGGGACUCACGCUGCUGGACGACCGCUUUGAUCGGAUUGAGCGCCAAUACGACAUUGAAGAGGAGGAGAAAGACGAAAUGGAGGACUACGAUCCGGCGAAGCCCGUCCGGUCUGACUUUGACGGCAUCAUGGAUGAGUUUCUCGGUGAGUUUGAGAACAUGGGCAAGAAGGGCGUGCAGGACCGGCGGCGCAAUCAGUACUCACUGGACGAUGCACGCAAUGCCAUGGGACGUAUACGUGUG